AUGCGCGUGCCACCGAGCGAGGGGCUCCUGUUCACGAUCCAGAACUUGGUCUGCGGAUCCGUGAAGUCGACCUCGUCGACCUCCGCCUGCCGAUCCUGCAUUCGGGGAGCCGGCUACGUGAACCUGCUCUUCUUCGCCCCCUCGACGAUGAGCAGCUUCCUGUCUUACCUGAAGACCAACUGCUUCACGUCGACCUAUUUCGACAGCACCGCCAACACCACCGGCAACAAGAUCAUCGCGUGCAGCACCACGAAUUUGGCAACUCUGGGAACGACGAGGUCCGCGCUGAGGACAAAUUAUAAUAAUUUCGUGAGCUGCCUCAGGACGGCCACUGGCUGA